CUCACCAUCCUCAUCCUCACCAUCCUCACCCUGGACGCAGCAUCUCUCUGCGCUAUAGGACAGCAGCUCAUGUUCAAGUCUGUGUGUGUGUGUGUGUGAGUGUGUGUGUGUGUGUUAUUUAUUACUCCAUGAUGCGUAAGCGGAAAUGAUCCUGACCUGAGUGUCACCUGCUCCCUCUCUCUCUCUCUCUCUCCCUCUCUCUCUCUCUCUGUCUGUGUCUCUCUGAGCUGCGUUAGAGCACCAACACCCACAGAGCUCUGUCCCUAUAAUCACUCUGUCCUCUCCCACCAUGCUGCUCUGCUGAGUCUCUCUCUCUCUUUCUCUGUCCCUCUCUCUCUCUUGCAAAAUGAGUCGUUUCCUGUCUAAGUUGGACCCCAGGCGUGUCCAGUGGGGGGCAUUUGGCUCCCGAGUUCUCCGCACCAAGCCAGUGGAGUCCAUGUUGGAAAGUGAGAGCAGCACUAAACUGGCACGUGUCCUGACGACCUUUGACCUCGUCUCCCUGGGUGUCGGCAGCUGCGUCGGAACUGGAAUGUAUGUCGUAUCGGGUCUUGUUGCAAAGGAAAUGGCUGGGCCUGGGGUCAUUGUGUCCUUCAUCAUCGCUGCUGUAGCCUCCAUCCUGUCAGGUGUGUGUUAUGCUGAGUUUGGUGUGCGUGUGCCAAAGACGACGGGUUCUGCGUACACAUACAGCUACGUGACGGUGGGCGAGUGUGUGGCCUUCUUCAUUGGCUGGAACCUGAUCCUGGAGUAUCUGAUCGGCACGGCGGCCGGAGCCAGCGCCCUCAGCAGCAUGUUCGACUCGCUCGCCAACCACACCAUCAGCACCUUCAUGAUCAGCCAUGUGGGCACGCUCAAUGGCCUCGGUAAAGGUGAGGAGGCGUACCCCGACAUCCUGGCUCUCGUCAUCGCCGUCCUCGUCACCGCCAUCGUGGCUUUGGGAGUGAAGAACUCUGUCGGCUUCAACAACGCCCUGAACAUCAUAAACCUGCUCGUCUGGAUCUUCAUGAUGAUCGCAGGGUUCUUUUUCGUCGACAGUUCCAACUGGGACGCAGGACGGUUCCUGCCGUUUGGCUGGUCAGGGGUGAUGCAGGGCGCGGCCACGUGUUUCUACGCCUUUAUCGGCUUCGACAUCAUCGCUACGACAGGAGAGGAGGCGAAGAGUCCCAACACCUCCAUCCCCUACGCCAUCACAGCAUCACUCAUCACCUGUCUCACUGCCUACGUCUCUGUGAGUGUGAUCCUCACCCUGAUGGUGCCCUACACCAUGAUCGAUGCCGACGCCCCCCUGAUGGAGAUGUUCUCUCAGAACGGGUUUUACUCCGCCAAGUACGUGGUGGCCCUCGGCUCCAUCGCCGGACUCACCGUCAGUCUGCUCGGCUCGCUCUUCCCCAUGCCCCGCGUCAUCUACGCCAUGGCCGGGGACGGCCUGCUCUUCAGGUUCCUGGCGAACGUGAGUUCGUACACAGAGACGCCGGCGGUGGCGUGUGUGGUGUCUGGUUUCCUGGCCGCCCUCCUCGCCCUGUUGGUGAGUCUGCGCGAUUUGAUCGAGAUGAUGUCCAUUGGCACUCUGUUGGCCUACACACUUGUCUCCGUGUGUGUGCUGCUGCUGCGCUACCAACCUGAAAGCGACAUCCACGGCUUUGUUAACUUCCUGUCUGAACAGGAAGUUGCCAGGAAGAGGGAAAAUGAGGAGAAGGACGAAUAUGAGGAAGGUGAUGAGUACAAUGUGGAUGACGGUGGUGGGUGCAUCUCAACAAACACGUGCGGCGCUAAGAAUCUCCCUUCGCUAGGCGAUAAUGAGAUGCUAAUUGGAAAAUCGGACAAAACCAAAUCGAGCUACACGGCUAAUCAUCCGAACUACGGUACUGUGGACAAGUCGACCGGGAUCGAGUCUGAUGAGACGGAAAACGCCUACGUGCAAAAGCUGAAGAGGCUAAUGGGACCUCGGUAUUACACCCUGCGGAUCCGCUUGGGUCUUCCGGGGAAGAUGGAUCGUCCCACAGAGUCCACUGGCCGGACGGUGACUCGCUGCGUUCUACUGCUGUUCGCCCUCGUCUUCGCCUUCUGCUCCCUGAUCACAUUCGGCACAGGCUUCAUCGCAGAGGGGCAGUGGUGGGCCGUGACGCUGCUCGUGCUGCUCGUGAUCUCCAUCUCGCUGCUCGUCUUCAUCAUCGUGCAACAGCCGGAGAACCCGAAGCGCCUACCCUACAUGGCACCGUGUGUGCCGUUCGUCCCCGUCUCAGCCAUGUUGGUCAACAUUUAUCUCAUGCUCAAACUGUCCAGCAUCACCUGGAUCCGGUUCGCUGUCUGGUGCUUCAUAGGUGUGUUGAUUUAUUUUGGCUACGGGAUGUGGAACAGCACACUGGAGAUCACGGCUCUGGAAGAGGAAGCUCAUGCCAGCACGUACCAGCGCUACGACAUGGGUGUCGACGACAACGUCGCUGUAGAUGAUGACCCUUGCCCUCCGUCAGACUGGAAACCCCAAAGCAGGACCGAGAACAAGAAGCGCAACGCAGAUGAGGUUUCAGAUCCGAAAAAGUCCCCAUCGUCCCGCAGCAAAGCCAAACCCAAGAGCGUGAAACCCAACUUCGAGGCUCUGGUGGUGGACGAGGACUUGGACGAGCCGCUGGAGUGAAAAAAAGUGUAAAGUCUUAAAAUCUUUGGUCCGUGGGGACAGAAACUCUUGGGCUAGAUGGUUCAACCUGCACUCCAAAGUUUUAUUCCGCUUACUGACCUGUUUAUCUGUUUCUAAUUUGUGUUUUUAACUUUAACUACUACUGACUAGGAAAAUGUUCUCUUUCAAAUCAGCCUGCUGCAUCUCUUCGCACUUUGCUUGCGUUCGCACACUCCAAAGAUGGACCGUUAGCUUCUCCAUUACUUUUUAGGAAUUGUAUUUUUUUUUAUCUCGAUGUCUCUCGAACAGCAGUAACUGACGUAGUGCGCUAGCUAGCUAAUUAUCAAAAUCUUACGGCUUUUUCUUGGGAAAAAGAAAGAAAAAAACACAUGAAAAUGAAACUUUUAUAAGACGGUUUCAUCGACGCUGACAGCUCGCGGUGUUCUGCUAAAAAAUCUCUGAUAUUCUGCACAUAAACAUGUGAACGGCACAGAAUGAAAUUUGAAAAGCUCAAAUCCAGGGAUGAUUAGUUUCCAGUUGAGCUGCUAGUGACUGACACAACGUAGCAGAAACGUGGAAGAGAAAACCUAAAAACGUUCUGCUCAAUUAACGUCAACAAUUAACCCCUUAAGGAUCACUGAAGUCUUUCAGGAAUCUCCAGCCAAAGUGUGUACGAGCAUUUUAAGGGAUUGUAUCUUAACGAAGGUCGUCGCUGUUGUCAUGGACAUCUUUUAAAAAUGUGUAAUGUGUUUGAAUUAAAGUUAAAGAUUCUUUAACUAAGAAACAGCUGCUUACAGUAACUACAGAAAAAAGGUUUGCACUCGAAGAUUUAAGUUUUAAUUAUUAUUGUUGUUUGACAUACUGUACACAAUAACGGUAUGUCAGCAACUAUCUAUAAUGUAAUGCAACAGGUGAAGGGUAGCUCAGUGGUUAAGUGUGAGGCCCUUGAGUAAGGCCCACAACCCUCAACUGCUGCAGGGGCCAGGGGUAGCUCAGUGGUUAAGGCAUUGGACUACGGUUCAGAAGAUCCCAGGUUCAAACCCCACAACCACCAAGUUGCCACUGUUGGGCCCUUGAGCGCGGCCCUUAACCCUCAACUGCUCAGACGUAUGAGAUGAGAAUGUGAGUCGCUCUGCAUAAGAGCUUCUGCCAAAUGCUGAAAUGCGUUCCCCAAAAGUCUUGGAAUUGUGGCGAAAGGUGGUUCUACAAAGGGCUGAAUAUAAACACUUGGGGCAGGAGUAGCGCAUUGUUUAAGGCAUUGGACUGCAGAUCAGAAGGUUUCAGGUUUAAACCCCAGCACCCAGUGUUGUGCCAAUGUUGAGCCCUUGAGUGAGUUAACUGUCAACUGCUCAGGUGUGAAAAAUAAAAUAAAAUGUAAGUGGCCCUGGAUAAGGGCGUCUACCACAUGUUUAAAUGUAAUGCAACGCCCCCUUGUCUGUAACUCGUUGUGAGCGAGGUUUGCAUCCCCAACUUAUUGGCUUUCUUUACCUGCAUUAGCUGGUUUAACACAGACAGCAGGGAAGGUGUUCUAGUGUGUACCGCUCUCCUCACAUAAUGUGCAACUCAAUCUUGUGCAACUUAUUCUACAGACAAUCAGAUAAACUUUAUGUUAGUGUUAAUAUUGUGUUCAUAGCGUUAACAAUAUUCAUAUAACUUUAAAAAGAACAGCAACAAAUGAUGUGUGAGGCUGGAGUCGUCCUGAGUGAUCCUUAAGGGGUUUAACGCGGUGGGUGGGUUUACACUACGCCACACUCGCCUGGUCCUCAUUCUGAAAUGAAAAUGGGAAAACAGCUGUUUUAGUUUUAUUUAUGGUUCUUUGUUAUUCACUAAAACAGAAAAAUCUAUAUUUUUUAAAUCAUUCAUUUGUAAAAAACUAAAUUAAAAGUUACUUUUAAUUCUUUCCUUUUGUUUUAUUAUGCAGAUAAUAACUGUCUAGAAAAUCAAACCAGCUUGGGAUCUGCGUUUCACAAAUAUUUAAAAAGAUGAUGUUCAAAGGGGGAUGAUGAAAAAAAUCCUGUGCUGAUGUGAUUUAUAAAAAAAAAAAGAAAAUAAAAACAAUCGUCCAAAAGCAUACAGUAGUUGAUAGGAGUAAUAAUCUAGGGUAAUUAUUUUUGCAAAAAAGUGUAUAUAUUAAAAACACAGAUUUAAACUUAAAACUUGCGAAAAUAGAAAAAUACUUACAAAUAUCUUUAUUUUUUCUUGAGGUACUGAUGCUUUUUACCAAAUGUGGUUCUUCGCCUGAUUAGCCCUUAACACCCAGAGCAUUUUUAGCCUUUAUUUGCAUUACUAUGUUUUAAUACAUUUAUAUGGGGAUCAGGAUCGCACAGUAUAGAGUGACAGAUUCUUUUCUUUUUCAGAACAACCUAGGAAAUGUGAUACACUGAUGAAAUGUAAAAAUGGCACAGGCACAGGAGUAGCACAGCUGCACACUUGCACAAUUGGUUUUUAUGGUUGUUUUUGUGGCCGAAAAGAAUAAUAAUAAUAAUAAUAAGAAGAAGAAGCGCAUUUUGUGAGUUCAACAUUUUUGCGAUGUCAUUCUCAUAUUCCAGUAACUGUAAAAUGUACACGUUUAAAAAAGUUUAAUGAAAAAAAAUCUUAUUUUUGUGCAAUUAAUAACAAAAUCUAAUGAUAAAUAGAGCUAGAUAGAUAUUUUAAUGAAGGAAAUUGUAGAAUAAAAAGACAUUUGCUUGUUUUCCCAUUUUCAUUUUGUAAAAAUAAGUACAUUUAGCGUUUGCUGAAGAGCAUGUCGCAGUGUGGAGGUCACACCAAUACACCAACACACACAGCUGUGCUCUAGUUCACACAACUCAUGACGAGUAAAGUGUUUCUGGCCAAUCACACGCCGGCUGCCGGUUUGUCCAACAUUCGCCUUUAAUUCUCACUUUCCUUCAGUUUCUAUAAAGUUAAGACUGAACUCUCCUGAGAUCAGAGAAAACGGUGACGAUAAAAUAUAUCUGUGUGUAAACUGUAACUACAUGAGAAUGUAGAGAUUCGUAACAGAGCUUUUAUUUUACUGAUUAAAACGUCAGAGGAAAUGAAACAUCUGCUACAAACAGCUCGUUAGACCACGAUGAACUUUAUUCGUUCUUUUCUACUGUUUUCACUUUAACCAAAACAUCAAAUCUCAGCCAUGUGUCGAGAUGUUGUUCUGUCUUGCCAACUGUUUAUUUACAACCUCGUAUCAGGAUCGUCUUACUUCCUUCCUUACUUACUUCCUUUCUUACUUUCUUUCUUUCUUACUUUCUUUCUUUUCAGCAUCUAGCCCAAGAGGUGGCGCUCUCAACAGCCCCAGUUUGCUUGCAAUUAGUGCCUUCAUGCGUCACGGUGUCUCCGAUCACGACUGCUUACGCUUACCUGCGCUGUGACCAGGGGUGUGUGUGUGUGUGUGUGUGUGUGUUCAUUCCACACGUUUAUUCAUUUGUGCCUGUGAGCCUGCCAUGUUUCCCACCGUUAUCUCACCGGCUCUGUGUGCUAGCAUGACGCUCAACCCGCCGAUCUCACGCCGCAUUCGUGCAGGUUCAAGCCAGUCGAGUGUGUCUGACACAUAACUCCACCCCUCAUCCAUAACUCCACCCCUCAUCCAUAACUCCACCCCUCAUCCAGAACUUCACCACUCAUCUGCUGGCCAGCGAAUGCACAGCCGUGAGAUCACGCUGGUAUGGUUUGUGUCUUUCUCCUGAUUGGGGUUUUAUCGUUAGAAAAGGUUUCCUCCAUUUGUAGUUGAUCAGAGAGGAUGUGUUUGGAGUUUAAAAAGUUAGUUCUUUCACUUGGGCUUUAAGCCUUUGAGCUUCUCACACACCAAAUGUGACGGAUUCGUAUCCCCGGCCCAAAGCUAAGCUCACUCCACCGUAUGAGGCCUUAUGUUUUUUUAUGUUUAGUUUAGAACAUAAACCCUGUCCAAAAAUCUAAACUAAGGUUAUUAUAUUGAACAAGGUUGUGGGUUUUGGAUUUGCUACGCUAGUUUGUGUCUUCUGUAAUGUUCUGAGCUUUAUUUCAGGUCUUGGGCAGUUUGUGUGUGUUUGUGGCUGUGUGUAGUUUCUCGUCCAUGUGCAUUUGUUUCAAUCGUGCAGCAUGUGGAGUGUGGAAAUAAAACUUGCGUCACUGAGUAAUUGCAUGUCUUGAAGACGACAGUGAGACACACACAAGGGCUCCAUGUUAAAAUGAGUUGUGAAUGCGCCCUUGCUGACUUCCCUUUGGUCCUAAGUCUCAUCGGUUGUAAAAUUGAUUGGAUCGUGUUGAUGCCGGCCCUGUUUUUGCUUACUAAAAGAGGUGGAGCUUAAGUUAGCUUAAUCACACAACAGUUUUUUUUACUUAGUUAAAUGCAGUUUUUUUUUUAUGAGCGGAUAUCGACGUACAUUUGAUGAAUUUUAGUUCCAAUUUACCAAUUUACUUCUCGAAAGUUAGCAGUGAGUUAGCAAGCAAAGAGCACAGCCCGCUGGAAGUGCACACUCCUGUGGCAUACAUGGGUCGCACUCAGGAGUGCGCGAGGACUGGGCACAGUAAAAGCAGUUUAGGGCACAGAGUGUGUGACGCUGGACUUCCUCCUGUUUACAAAGCCAAAGUCUGCUGAUGGCUGUUUUUUCUUUAUAAUCUAAAAUAAAAUGGUGUCUGACUUCAGAGUGCAAAAAAAAAAAGUGCACAAACAUCUGGUUCUAGCUACCAAUCACUAACUAAAUUCAGCGACAUUUUCUUAGUACAGUGUGUUCUGAUUGGCUGAGAGCUGUAUGGUGUGUUCUGAUUGGCUAAAAGCGGUCGAGGGUGUUUUUAUCGGCUGAAAGCGUUUUUGAACUAUGAUGGUGAGAAGUGUUAGUCUUGUAAAAACACAUGUCGUUAUAAAACCAGUUUGGGAACUUUUUCUGCGUUUCUAGCGACUCUAUAUCAAUACUAGCAGGAAGCAGACAUUUUAGUCUAAUGCAAUGCAGAGUGUAAUAUAAUCACAGGCGUGAAAGGCCAUAUGUGGUUUAGCUCCAGCUAUCAUCGCUAUAGAAACAGCCUGACGGGAUAAACAGUGUCAGAUGAAGGCAGCGUCAGAUUAGUCUUUAAUAACUGAUUAAAAUAAAAGCUCUAGAAGUGCGCAUCGGACAUUUAAAAAUAAAGGCAUCUAUUUUUUAAUAGAUUUUUUAAGUAGGUUUGUGUUUUACUCUUAGCUGCAGUUGGAUGGAGACUCGAGGCCUGAGACAGCAAGAACAGGAAAUGUGUAAUGGAAUAUUUUAAUACGGAUCUAUUUAAAAAAAAAAUUUGCCACUGUUAGCGCUAAGACUGGCUAGCAUUUAUUUUAUCUAUCUUCAGUUGAUGGUACACUCUGUGCACUGUUGUGUUUGUGUGCAGAGUGUGUGUGUGUGUGUGUGUGUGUCGGUGUGUGUGUUGUUCAGGUAAGAUCGGCUUCCCAAUGUGAACUUGUUCUUUUUGUGCAUUUUGGAUGUUAUUAUUGUAUGAUUUUAAAUGAUUUAAAAGAAAAAAGACAAUAUAUAUAUUAAAAAAUCUAUACUUGUAAAUAUAUAAAUAUAUCUCAUUUGUUUGUUUGUUUUUUUCUCGCCAUUUGUGGUUCUGUUGCCACGUCACACUGUGUGAUGAUGUUGUCAUGGCAACAAUGAAAGCUGUUUAUUGCAGACCUGAUGAAGCGUCGCUCUUGAUUUGCCUGCUUUUGCCGAAAUAAACACUGAUCUGAGUGCAGUCCUGAUCUGAAACACAAACAUACUGAAGGGUUGACAUUAGCCAAAGCCUGAGUGCACUGAACCAACCGCUUACGCUACAUCAUCAAGCUAGUGAGCUAGGAAUAUCUCCUAGCUAAGAUUCAAGAUUCAAAGAACUUUAUUAAUCCAAGAGGGAAAUUGCUUAAGUCAUUAAUUAAACUGAGAUAAAUUAAACCUAGGCUUCAUGCUUAUAGUGAUAAAUGUAUGCGUCAGGUUGAACUAGUCGCAAUGUAAAGUGUAGCAAAACAAUGGCAAAAAUCAAAAGCUAGUUUAAACAUCAAAUAACAUUAUAGCUAGCUACAGUAAAGGCUUGUGUACAAGAUCUGUUUAUACAAUAAAGUGUUACAACAUGUAGCUAAUACCACAUAGCUAGCUAGCGGACUUUUGCUGAUGUCAUAUAGCGGACAAAAAUGAAAACUACUUCAUUCUGAUUGUCUAACUGAAUUUAAAACAUAAAACUAUUCUGAGAGUGUUAAUUAGCAUUCAGCAC